AUGUUUAGACGUCAUCUGCCGCAUACGAUUAUGCCUAACCGUGUUACAGAAAUAGUGCCAUCUUCUAUAUCUGCCUAUUCAAGGCCCUUCACGCAUCACAACAGCGGUGGAAGUGUUGAUGAUGGACUCACUCUUACUAUCGGUGAUGUUACCGUACCUGUUCCCACUAGUGUCAAACACCCAGAGCGGGUAACGUGGAUUCUUCCCGGUACUACCACUUGCAAUAUUAAUGAAUUAAACAACAGAAACCACUACCAAAAUAAAAAUAACGAAGAAGAAGAAAAAGAAAAAGAAGACCAAGAUGGAAUAUUACUACAAGGUGGUAAUGCCUUUUUCCAAUUACAAGACCCCACUACACGUCGUUACUUGCGGUGGAUGUGUCAGAAGGAACUCCUUCGGCAGGACAUGUGUCUUGUUGGUGAACCCGGCCCGGCCAUGCGGUGGUUGGUGCAGAUGUAUUCCCUGCUCGUGCGGCGUGAGGUGCAGUCUCUGGCCCUCAACCGAGAUACCACAGAGAGUGAUCUCGGACAGAGGCGGGAGAUUCGCAAUGGAACACUUGUGUAUGAUGAUCAAUGUGUGGUGAUCGCCGCUGGCGAAGGACAAUUGCUGCUGCUUGAGGGACUUGAGAAGGUGGAACGCAAUGUACUCCCGGUGAUUAAUAAUUUACUGGAGAAUCGUGAGAUGCACUUGGAGAAUGGAAUGAUGCUUAUUCACCCAGAGCGGUAUGACCAAUUACUACAGGAACUUCUCCAAGGAGGAAAAAGAAGAAGAUAUGAAGAAGAUGAUGUGAGUGUUCAUAAUAGAAUACAAAACAACAAAAGAAGAGUGGAUGAUAGUUUGAUAAUGACAGCAGCACAUGAGGAAAUGCGGAAAAUGGGAUUUAUUCGCGUUUCAGAGAAAUUCCGUGUUAUUGGACUCACUGUUCCUGUUCCACCGUAUGAUGGUAAUCCACUUGAUCCACCACUGCGUUCACGAUUUCAGUGUCUUUACGUGAAUGUUCCGCUUCCAUGCAUGACCACUAUAACAGGAAAAACUUCUUCAUCUUCUUCUACAACGGUUAAUACGAUUACAAAAACAAGAAUGAUGGAAAUAAUGGAAAGACGUUCUAUGGAUCAGAUGGAGUCUCUCUUAAAGCUUCGUACCAUUGUUGAUGAAGUAAACACUAGUACGAAGGAAUUUAACACAGGUAGUAAACAGGUAAAUAGUGCCAGUGGAAUGACACUAGUCAGUCAAAGAAGUUUACAGUCUAUUGGAAGUUAUGAACUUUCUUUAUUAUCAAGACAAUUGCAAUUAUUUCCUGAUAUUCCUGUGGGAGAUGUGUUGCCGCGGGGAUUCCCAUGGUUUUUAUACGCACAACAAACCACAACGUCUGGUGCUGCACACAUGGAAGAGGUUCAUAGUCGCCGACGAGAAUAUGAACGAUUGUUAACAGCAUGUAAUAUUAACGUUCCAACAUUUGAUUACUAUCAAAAUGAAAGGGAAAUGGAUGAAAAAAACAACAACAAAAAAAGUAUUUACAAUACUACAAGGGAUGAAGAUAGAGUCUCCACUCAACACCAUUCAUCACGUUCACCAAAGAGACCCGGUCAACUUAGUCGUAAUUUACGUGAACAGGUGACAUCUUUGCGAAGUAGCAGUAGUGAUAGUGUUGGUGUUAAUACAGAGAAAAUAAUUCGUUCUGCUGAACAAUUUAAUGAUGUGAUACGUGUGGAGAAUAUUCACACAGAGCAACAGUCUUGUAAUACUGUGAUUGUAGCGGAUGCUUGCAUUGCCAGUAAAGGAGGUAUGUAUACUCUCCCAAUAUACAUGGGUGAGGCAGCUGCUGCCCAUCCAAAAACAACAACAACAACAACAACAACAACAACAACAACAACAGAAAAAACUAAGAAAAAUGGAUUUAUAGUGAAGGAAGAAUGUCCUACACCCAACACUGUCUUUACUACUGCACAUGAUCAUGUAUUACAGUCUAUGCUUCAACUCCAUAUUGCCGGACAACACAUAUUACUUCUUGGACCCACUGGAUGUGGGAAAACCACCAUUCUACAUGAGUUUGCACACCUCCUUGGGUAUCGCACAGAAACCAUGUAUUUGUAUGCAGAUAUGACUAACAAGGAUCUCUUUCAGCGUCGCACAACCGAUUCAACAACAGGAGAUACAACGUGGAAGAAUAGUGCACUUGUAGAGGCAGCGUUAAGUGGUCACAUCGCCGUAUUAGAUGGUGUGGACAAACUUCAACAUGGGAUGUUAUCAUCACUACAACAACUCCUUGUUGAUGGAAGUGCUAACUUAUACGAUGGUGCCGUGUUAAAAUCGCAGCAGGAAUAUGAAAUACUUAAACGAAAGAUGCACGCUACAGAUGAAGUAAUGAGAGAACAUCGUAUCUUUCCAGUACAUCCUGCUUUCCGUGUUAUAGCAACAGCACGACCCGCAGGAUUAUCAUCCGAAUCUCGUAAUAAAACUGGACAGAAUAAUUGGCGAAUCACACAAGAGGUGACUUCGUUAUUUGGUAUUCUCACAAUGCCAGCUACUACAAAAGGUACCCUGCAAGCUAUUUUAACACAAGUAGCUGAAGCCGAACGAGAAGCAUGGCAACGUGAAAAAAAAACAUCGCUUACAACGGAUGAUGUGGAGUCUGAUUCAUCCGAGUUAUUGGUUCGGGAUGUGGAUAAAUUGUUACAAUUGCGGGAUAUACUUGAGUCUCUACAAGUAACAGAACCAAAAAUACCACAGUUAAGUCUUCGACAGUUGUUACACCUUAUUCGAUUUCGUGUUCGUUAUCGUGAUGACUUCACUCCUAGUGUAGAGUCUGCACUACUGCUUCCACUCAUGACAUCCUUGACAGCAGAGCAGGUAAGACAAGCGAUGCGUUCCUGCGGAUUUAACGAUGUAAGGAGCUACAAUGAAAAGGACCAACAACAAGAACAACAAUACGGUAAACAACGAAAAUCACAAGUGUCAUUGAGUGCAGAGAGUGAAUUGCAGGAGGGUAGACGCAGUAAACGUCAUGAUCUUCUUAAGGAGCUUCCAUCAGUUUCUGUUCCUGAGGAUAAUAAAGAUAAUUCUGCCAGUGAAAUAAAAGGAAGAAUGAAUGAUAAUCAUAAUAACAGAUCUGUUACUCGUGUCUUUGUUGUACAUGAUAAACCAAUCCUUCGCAUUAGUCGUGUGUAUACAGAAAAAGAACUGGCACUUGUACCUUAUAUUCCAUACUUUCAUUCUAACCCUGUUCAUGAGUCUAUUAUUGCAUGGCUUGCCAAACAGUAUGCAGUGGGUAACAAUAUUCUACUUAUUGGAAAUCAAGGUGUUGGUAAGAAUAAGGUGGUGGAUGCUUUUCUCGCCCGUAUUCGUGUACCACGAGAAUAUAUUCAGCUUCACCGCGAUACCACUGUUGGCAGUCUCACUAUUAAUCCCACCGUUGAGGGUGGACGUGUGGUGUGGACGGACUCUCCACUCGUACGGGCAGUGCGAUAUGGACAUUGUCUCGUUGUGGAUGAGAUUGACAAGGCACCAGUGGAGGUGGUUCAGGUGCUGAAGGGACUUGUGGAGGAUCAUGAGAUGCGAUUGCGGGAUGGACGGCAAAUACGUGGUCCAAAGGCUCGUGUUUUACCAUCCAUACAGAAUAAUGAUAAUAAUAAUAAUAAUAAUGAGGAGAAUAUUAUUGAAAUGCAUCCAGACUUUCGUAUUAUUGUACUUGCUAAUCCACCGGGAUUUCCUUUUCACGGGAACGAUUUUUACCGUGAGUGUGGGGACUUAUUCGCAUCCUAUGUAAUGGGAAAUCCAGAUGCUCUUUCACAGUUACGUGUAUUGAAGGCCUACGCACCAGAUCUACCGGAACCAUUAUUAGUUCGACUCAUUAGUGCUUUUCAAGGACUACAGAAAAACUUUGAAGAAGGACACCUUACCUACCCUUUUUCUCUGCGAGAGUUAAUUGCUGUAGUGAAACACCUUGCAGCAUUUCCACAUGAUGGUAUUUACACUGCUCUUAAUAAUGUGUUUAACUUUGACGCACGAAAUGAGAACACCCUACACCUCGUCAGACAAGUAUUGCAUCUUCAUCUUCAAUCACUAGUAGAUGCUGGUGGUAUGCGUCGACUUUUGCCUCUACGUGUAGGACAGGCUUUACCACUUUAUUCCUCACCAGAUUUACUGCGAGUUCCAGCUGAAGAAAUGGGAACUGGAUUGUUGUCAUCAUCAUCACGGUUAGAAGAUUUUGGAAAAAAUAAUAUCGUAUCUGUCCCAGUACGUUUUCUUACGGAAGAAGAGUCUGGUGGUGUGUAUAGUACGCAACCAGCACACACUUGGAGUGAGCAAUACCGAGAAGCUGAGUUUGCGGCGAAUGUACUUAAUAAUACAUCCGAAGGAUUUACGGAGUGGUCAUCCGCACCGAGUUUACCAUUUCUACGUGCAGAGGAUACUGUGUUGGGAGUGUCAGCAACGGAUGUGGAUAACGAUACAGGGAUGCUAACCGGUGUUGCUGUUCUUUUCUCACGAUCAGUAAAGGAUGAUAGUGACAAGAAGAAUAAGAAUAAAAAAAAUCUUAUUCUUGCUGUGACUACCCUUCCCUCUGUCUCUUCUUUCGGAAUAAUGGCAACUCAACAAUCAAAUCUUCCUCCUGGUCAUGUUCUUUUCUUUGACCUUACAAACCUUCUACCAACAGUUUCCUCCUCUGUUUCGGAUUUCUCAUCGCUUUCAUUACAACCAUUUAAUGCUGAAUCACACGCUGAUUCACUAAAUGAUACAUUGGGGAAUUGGUUAUUGGAUAUGUUUGGUGCUCCUGCUCCACUUAUGGCGAUUAUAGAUACUAGAUCAGGAAUUGCACUGCUUAUCAAUACCUCAGCUCCUCCAGCUCACUUGUACUGUUCUCUCCCAGCUUCAAACCAGCAACAAGAAGAAAAUGAAAGUAAUUCUAUGAGUGCUGUAUUACCUGUGCGAGUAGCACCUCCAUGCAGUGACUCAUCAUCAUUAUCAUCAUCGUCGUGCUCGUUUGCUGUACGAUCAGAUAGUGGCAUUAUUGCCAUGACGCGUUCCAACAGUUCAGAAUUGUUUGUAUGGAUGAAUGGACACCGUAUUGCUGUGAAGUUACCUGCAACAAGUAUUGAGAAGGUACAUUUCUUCACGGAUAACUUGGCUGCAGUGUGUUUGCGAUCAAAGGAAGUGAGGAUUCAUGCUGUUCUGAAGAUUGCAGUGAUGUCAGAUGGUACUGCGGCUGCAAGUCUCUGUAUUAUGCCGAAGAGUAUUCCCGGAACUGUGGUGGGUCUCACAGCGAAGGGAAAAAUAACAACAACAACAACAACAACAACAACAGCAGCAGGAGAAGCAAGCGAAAUAUCUCACAACAUGCUUUUACAGCCUAUCACACCAGAGGAACUACAGAGUGCCGUUAUUGUUCCGGAUAACGAUGUAAACAAUGCUGGAGAUGUUGUCUACAUGAUGGUGGAUGGAUAUUCACAAGAGGAAAAGUCAUGGUCAUUGCGAGUAUUCACAGACUCUAAGGCUGCAUCUGCACUUCGCUCUAAAUCUCUACACGGUGGUACAUUGAAGAUAGACCACGUACACAAUCAACUAUUGGGAAAUGGGAACAAUAAAACGGAAAGUCCUGGUGCUGUUGUUGCCAUUGACUAUCAACAACACACAGUACGUUAUUUUGCUUCACCACCAUCAUCAACAACAACAGCCUCAACAACAACAACAACAACAACAACAACAACAAGAACGACAUCAUCUCAAACUACUAAGCCAUUAUUCACUGUGGAUGAAAAGACAGGAGCGGCACUAUUGUAUGAUGGUGCACAGCGAUUACUGGUAGCGGAUGUCGUAGCAGAGCGUGUGGAGCACCGUUACCGUAGUUGGUCCACACUACUGAAUGGAUCUGUAAAACAACUUGGAGCUCCUCCUCUCUCUUCUACUACAGCAGCAGAAACACAAUCACUCUCCAUGUCGUACAGCACUCCACGCAAAAAACCCUCCGGUACUCUUAAACACGGCAAAGAAGAUGAUGAGGAACAUCAUGGUGGUAACACUUACGCCGGUGGGACUGGUGGUACGGACACUGCAGGUCUUGGUGGUCUUGUAGGGCCAUACCGUCUGGAUAAGGGACGUCCAGUACACCAAGUUUCCCCAGAGGCGAAGAAACAAGUACCUCAACAUAUCAUUGAAGAUGCAAAGCGUAUGGGAAGAGAGGCAUUACAGCGGCGUUUGGCUGAAAUUGGAAUGACCACGCAAGAAUAUGAACAAUAUAGAAAUUUACAAGAGCGUGUACGUGCGCCUGUGGCAUUGCUUCGUAGUGUUUUAAGUGGAUUAAAGGCAGCCGAGGGUGAACGUACAUGGUUGCGAGGUCAGACAGAUGGUGUAUGGGAUGAUAGCAAAAUUGUAGAGGGAAUUGUUGGAGAACGAAAUAUUUACAAACGUCGUGGAGACUCUACAGAGACAAGCCCAUUUAAUUCUAAACAUAAAAAACGUCUUUUAUUUGUAUUGGAUGUAAGUGCCAGUAUGUACCGUUUUGAGAGUAUGGAUCACCGAUUAACAAAACUAUUGGAAUCUACUGUGAUGGUAAUGGAAGCCUUUGCUGGAUUUGAAGAUAAAAUUGAUUAUGCAAUGGUUGGACACAAUGGUGAUAGUGCGUGUAUUGAGUUGGUACCAUUUGGACAUCAACCGGGAAACCAAAAAGCACGUAUGGAGGUUUGUCAGCGUAUGGUUGCCCAUGCACAAUAUUGUUGGUCUGGUGAUAAUACAGUGGAGGCAAUGCGUCACAGUAUUGAUCUCGUUACAGCAGAGAAGGGAGAUGCGUAUUUGGUGUUUGUAAUCAGUGAUGCGAACUUGCCACGGUAUGGUAUAGAACCACGGGAGUUAAGUGCGAUUAUGCGGAGUAACAAAGAUGUGCAGAUGUUUUGUGUGUUUAUAGCUACACUUGGUGAACAGGCGUCGGAUAUGCAGGCGGAGAUGCCCCCUGGACAUGGAUUUCUCUGCAUGGAAACGCAGGCACUACCACAUAUUCUCAAAAGGAUAUUUAUGUCCGUGAAUCUUCUCUGA